CGAUCGACGCCGAUGCCUGUUCGUCCCCCAUCCUGACAUCCCACGCCACACCCUCCCAAUCCCAUCGCGUCUCCUCCAUACCUCUCUUACGCCACGCCGGAGGGACAGAGAGCGAGCGAAACCCAAGAUGUCGACGUGCGCGGCGGACCUGGCGCCGCUGCUGGGCCCGGCGGCGGCGAACGCCACGGACUACCUCUGCGGCCAGUUCGCCGACACGGCGUCCGCGGUGGACGCCACGUACCUGCUCUUCUCGGCGUACCUCGUCUUCGCCAUGCAGCUCGGCUUCGCCAUGCUCUGCGCCGGCUCCGUCCGCGCCAAGAACACCAUGAACAUCAUGCUCACCAACGUGCUCGACGCCGCCGCGGGGGCGCUCUUCUACUACCUCUUCGGCUUCGCCUUCGCCUUCGGCACGCCCUCCAACGGCUUCAUCGGCAAGCAGUUCUUCGGCCUCCAGCACCUGCCCAAGACCGGCUUCGACUACGACUUCUUCCUCUACCAGUGGGCCUUCGCCAUCGCCGCCGCGGGCAUCACGUCGGGCUCCAUCGCCGAGAGGACCCAGUUCGUCGCCUACCUCAUCUACUCCGCGUUCCUCACCGGGUUCGUGUACCCCGUGGUGUCCCACUGGUUCUGGUCCGCCGACGGCUGGGCCGCCGCCAGCCGUACCUCCGGCCCGCUGCUCUUCGGGUCCGGCGUCAUCGACUUCGCGGGCUCCGGCGUCGUCCACAUGGUCGGCGGCAUCGCGGGGCUGUGGGGCGCGCUCAUCGAGGGCCCCCGCAUCGGGCGCUUCGACCACGCCGGCCGCUCCGUGGCGCUCAAGGGCCACAGCGCGUCGCUCGUGGUGCUCGGCACUUUCCUGCUGUGGUUCGGCUGGUACGGCUUCAACCCGGGGUCCUUCACCACCAUCCUCAAGUCCUACGGCCCCGCGGGGACCGUCAACGGGCAGUGGUCGGCCGUGGGCCGCACCGCCGUCACCACCACCCUCGCCGGCAGCGUCGCCGCGCUCACCACGCUGUUCGGGAAGCGGCUCCAGACGGGCCACUGGAACGUGGUGGACGUCUGCAACGGCCUCCUCGGCGGGUUCGCGGCCAUCACGGCCGGGUGCAGCGUGGUGGAGCCGUGGGCGGCCGUCGUCUGCGGGUUCGUGUCCGCGUGGGUGCUCAUCGGCGCCAACGCGCUCGCCGCGCGCCUCAAGUUCGACGACCCGCUGGAGGCGGCGCAGCUGCACGGCGGGUGCGGCGCCUGGGGCGUCCUCUUCACGGGCCUCUUCGCGAGCCAAAAGUACGUGGAGGAGAUCUACGGCUCCGGGAGGCCCUACGGGCUGUUCAUGGGCGGCGGCGGGAAGCUCCUCGCCGCGCAGAUCAUCCAGAUCCUGGUGAUCGCCGGGUGGGUGAGCUGCACCAUGGGCCCGCUCUUCUACGCGCUCAAGAAGCUGGACCUGCUGCGCAUCUCGGCCGACGACGAGAUGUCCGGCAUGGACCUCACCAGGCACGGCGGCUUCGCCUACGUCUACCACGACGAGGACCCCGGCGACAAGAGCGGGGUUGGUGGGUUCAUGCUCAAGUCCGCGCAGCACCGUGUCGAGCCGGCGGCGGCGACGGCGACCAGCAACCAGGGCAUGUUUGCCGGUGCUCCUACUCGGGCUCCAUUGGUAGCUCCGACAAUAGAGUCGAAGAAGUCGAGGAGAAGCACUUCAGCACGAUUGGAAGAAGAGCCAGCCAACACUUUCACGAUGUAACUGUCUUGGACGUUCUGGGCACGGAAAAGGACAGGGGAAGAUGCACUUGAUCGCAGGAGCCCUUUGUGAUGUCACAACUCACAAAGCCCGAGCAGUGAGCAGCGCGCCGUGACAGCUUUUCCCACAACUGAGGCCGAAACCCAGCCGCCAAUCGGCGCGCGCGCCUGUGGUGCGAUUCUCCGGGCUCGCAUCCGUGUCAUGGGACAGCAGGCGGGGUCCACGGGGCGAUAGCCGGAAAGCCCGGCCGGGCCGCCUGGCAUUUUCGUUGGUCCGCUGGGAGAUGCACCGCGGCCCCGUCGACUCGGUGGAUUCACGAGGAUCCCGUUCCGGCGCGGCGCCCGGCCAAAACCGGCACACGGCAUACGCGCGACGCGAUUUUUGA